AUGGGCUCGACGCUCGAUUCUUUUCUCGAGUCUCUGAAACCUCCUAGUCUCGAAUCUUGGUCUGGACAGUACGACGACAAUGAAGGCCACGACACACACUGGGAGUUUGACUUUGCGCACAUCCGUCUCAGCCUGACGCUCUCUCACCUCAUUGCCAGCGACACCUACCUCAUCACCGACGUCACAGUCCGAGACACCAACGCCGCCGUGCGCCGACGAGACCUCGAUCCUAUUCGCCAAGACGUGCGUGCCAUCUUUUGCUCCCCUCACGCCGCGGCCCCGGUCCGCCCCAUGGAGACGUAUAUUACCAUCCUGCAAGCCCUCGAGCGCAUCGCCGCACACGAAGCUCCAGGUCGGGCCGUCGACUCAGACGAGGAAGCCAGCGGCGGACAUACAGCCACCCGCGGUUGGGACGCCGGGUGCAUCGACACUUGGGAUGAAGUCCUCGCAAACCCGUACGGCGUCGACGUGUCCACCAUCAAAGACACGGCGCACCACCUGCUCGGGCGCACCCCGGAGCAGCUCGUCGCGGGCAUCUCGGACGAGUUUCGUAUUGUGCACAUGGAGUCCGUCGUGCGGCCCGACCUUCUCCAGCGAUUCAUGCACUACCAGCGGUCCCUGCAGGAACAGCUGCAGCAAAGCGCGGAGCAGCACAACCUACACAAGUGGAUGCCUCCCGGCCGCGACCGGGUGCGGGGUGCCUCGCGACGCGACGAUAUCGUCAAGGCGAUGAUCCGCCCGUGCGUCACCUUUCACGGCACGUCCAUUCAUUCCGUGCCCAGCAUUAUCCGCCACGGCUUCGUCAAGCCCGGCCGCCUCGUCGGCGACAAGGUUGUCGCCUCGCCCCGCUCCGGCAUCGCUUUUAACGACCGCGGCAUCUACUCAUCGCCCUCGGUCGGCUACGCCCUCUCCUACGCCUCCCCCGGCCACGGCCUCGAGCAGCAGUGCGUGGCGACGCCGCUCGGCAGCCUGCCCAGCCUGCGGCUCUUUGUUUGUGCCACCAUCCUGGGUCGCACCUACACCCCCAGCGAGCAGCAGCACCAGUGGUGGUAUUCGCGCAACAAACCCCUACCCGACGUCCACGGCCCGCUAGCCGAAGGUUUCGACGCCCACUUUGACGGCGGCUACGAGUAUAUUGUCCAUCACGAGGCCGCGAUGCUGCCAUGCUACGUCAUCCACCUGGACCUCGGCAGUGACGCCGCGCGCCGCGCGGUUGAGCUCGCGCAGACGGACCCCGCGGUGUACCAGGCGCAGGUGUACGCAGCGCGCGUGCGUAGACUGCACCCGAAGCUGGUAGCGGCGCGCGAGGCGGCGAUGGCGCCAGGAGAUAGGAGGAGGGCCAAAGAGGCGCGCAAGGCGGCGGCGUUGAAGUGGUUCUCGUGUGGGUAUGGACCGGCAUCGGGGACGCGUUUCAAGGUCGAGGAGAUUGGUGAGGCGUCGGAUGACGAGGAGGAGUAUGGUGAAUGGCAAAAGGACAAACAUGCCUACCUGGCCACGGAUAAGGAGGGAAUUUGGCUUGAGGCUCAAGGGUCGGAAACACAUGCCGUCUUUGGAGAGGAUGACGAGACGGGCAAGAAGGAACAUCAAGUAAAUGUGGUGGAGGGAGUGCUGGUAGGGAAGUAG